ACCUGAAAUUACGCUCGAUGUUGUAGUUGUUUGUGAUGUAGUUGAUGGAACUAAAACUGGUGUGAUUGAGAAGAAUUGCAACUUGUGGAUACUCUGAGGAUUGCCUAAUCAAUCCCGACAUUUGCUUUAGCUCGUAACAACAAAAUGUUUGCCGGGGCCCUACGGCGGCGGCCGCUGGCAGGCGUAGGCAGGGCCGCUUUCGAGAGGACCACGUUGGGCCAACAUUACAGCACAGCAGCGUCUUCAAAGACUAUACUUGCACCGAACUCAAGCAGGCAUGUCCUGGAUGGAUUCGGGGGACGCAGGCUUUGGGCUACACCCUUCGUCUUCGCGUCGGUGGGGGAGAAGAGGGUAACCUUAGAGCAUGUUGGAUGACCUGAUGUCGCUGCCAUGGGAAACUGCCCUUAAAGUAAAGAAUUUGAACUGUAAGAACCACGAAAAACUGGCUUUCGCUUACACUUCUUUUCAGGAAGUCUUAUGAAAUUUACUAGAUAGCACGACUGCAGCGGACUACUUUCCCCAGAAUAUAUCUGUCUGAACAUCAGUGUUUUGCCGCAGCAGCUUCAUCAGUUACUCCCACCGAUCCGCUAGCGCCACCAGCAAGAGUGGUCUAUCCACAAAUAGGGCCUGGAGACGCACUUCCCAUGGACACUUACCAGCCACAUCCUUUUUAUACCAGUCUCGAUCCUCGCAACCCUGGACAAGCGUGCUCCGAUCUAGGUGGCGGCAACGAAGGUUCUACUCGUCCUCCCUGGCUAAAGAAGUUAUGAACUAGUCGCGGUUUUAUUUUUCAGUGUUACUAGUCGUCCGAUAUUAUCGGCAUUUCUGAUUUUGGGACUACUGUUACUAGAUUGGCACAUCUUUCUCAAUCUUAUUUCAUACUUCUACAUACUGCAAGUGCAAGAACUAACAGCAAGAGGAAUAAAUAAGACUUUCUCUUCCUCAAACUAGGUAUCCCGAAAGAGUAUAUUGCUGUUUUCAUCCAGCAGCAGACGAAGCGAGAACCAGAGUUUUUCGGUGUUUCCACCUAUUCUGGCCUGAUUUGGGGAGUCGUUUGUGGAUGGGGCCUCUUCUAUGGUUGGUGGAAAGUCACCUGUGAUUACCACGAUACCUUCUUUCCAAGGAUCUUCCUCUUCGGCGUUUUCGACUAGAAUUUGUGCUGUACAACUUUGGUGGCUGCAUAUGGAUGACUGGCAGAGGCAGGUUGCUUGCAUCUACUUACUUCUUUUGAUCACGAGACGAAGAUAUGUUGGACAACUGACCACAGCUGGUCGGCAUCAGUGUCCUUCAUGCCAUAAUGCUUUUGCCAACAGUGUUUGUGCUCUCGUAACAUGACUUCAUGCUUUGUAAUUUAUGCUCAAGAUGGAAUAAGAAUCAUAAUGGCAGGAGGUGAGAAGAAGAAGGGAGAAAAUGAAAAACUAAACUUAUUGAUACUCGCUUCGCGAUACAUUGCGAUUACCUUUGACCUAUUACAUCAUGCCGCCUGGAUGUGAGGUUACAACACUUUCUUGCGCGCCUUUCUCAUCGACUGAAGAUGUUUUGUCCG